AUGAUGAACACAUAGUUUUUAUAAAAUGUGCUGUACAUAUAUUUAAUUAUAAAAAUGUUUUUAUUGUGAUAUAUAAUUCUAUUAAGUUUAAAUUACAUUUUAAAGAUGUUCAAUAUAAAUGUAAACAGAAAAUUGAUAUCAAUAAAAUUGAGUUUUUUCCUUCACUUAGGAUGUUUAGGUCCUAUAAUUGGAUUUUUACCUACAAUAGCGAAACAAUUGGGGUACUCAAUAACCACAUACGGUAUCAUUAUGACUUUUAUAUCGAUAAUAAAAAUGGUAAUGUCACCUCUAUCUGGUAUAAUCGUCGACAUAUUCCGGGUGAAAAAAACGUUAUUUUUUACAAUGACACUAUUGCUGUGCGUGGUUUUAUUUUUCUUCAUGUUCGUACCAAAAGUGCCUUUGGAGGAGAUAGGCGUAGAAAUGAAAUGCGAAUCUGAAAUUAUUUUGAUUGUUCGUGCCGAAACCGUUCAACAAAAUAGACACAACACGUCGAUGUUUGAUGAAGAGAACAAUGAUGAAUUGAUCACAUGCAAGCUGACUUGUCAAAAUACGAAGUCGUGUGACCAUCAAAUAAAUAAAUCAACCAAUCAAUCAGAUUUCAGCGAUUAUUGGAUGACAACUACCAAUAAUGAUAUCGAAAAUAUAAACGGUCGUAGUCGGAUUGAUGUUACAUUAAAAUUGAAAGAUAUGGAACAAACUGAAAGUUCGUAUGUUUUCCACUUGUUGUCCGUCCAAAUGAACGGUACGGAAAUUCCUCUAACAUGCCAAUGUCGUCUAAAAACAUUUUGCCACAUCUCUGCAUGUUCUAAUGAAGACAUCAUGCGGAUAGCCACUGUGCCGACGUACAGAGGAAACGUUCUUAAUUUGUAUCAAUUUUGGAUUUUUUUCUUAACUAUGUCUGCGUUGUUUACUUGCAUAGCUAUAGUGAAAACUUUACAAAACUCACUAUGUCUCGAUCUUUUGGAAGACAAACCUGAGGAUUUUGGAAAACAAAAAUGUUGGGGAUCAUUAGGUUGGGGCAGUUUUUCCAUAUUCAUCGGAUGGCUUGUGGAUUGGUUUAGCAUUAAUAAAAAGGAAAAAGAAUAUUCACCAGUUUUUUAUUCUUGUAUUUUACUCGAAAUUUGUAAUUUAUUUGUCAUAAAUAAACGUCUUAAAGUAAUCGAAACGAAAAAAACCGAAGGAAAAUGGAAGAGUAUAUAUGGAAUGUUUACUAAACAUUAUGUGAUUAUAUUUUAUAUAUGGGUAAUAUCAAUCUCAUUGCUCCAUUCAAUUAUUACACAUUUUCUAUUCUGGUACAUGGAGGAUUUGGUUUCUGCUAACAAUGACAACAGCCAACGGGCGUGGCUAAAAACGCUUCAAGGUCUAGCUCAAGGCAUCCAAUGUUUUGGCGGUGAAAUACCAUUUUUUUUCUGGUCCGGUUGGAUAAUCAGAAAGAUGGGUCACAUUAACUGCAUGGCCAUAGCAAUUGGAGCCAUGGCUAUCAGGAUGUAUCUUUACACAGUCAUCUGGAAUCCAGCUUGGAUCAUUGCAAUAGAGCUAUUGAAUGGCGUGUCGUAUGCAUUGGGAGCGUCGGUGAAAAUGUCGUACGCGAAAAUUAUGUCACCCGAAGACUCCACGAACACUGUAAUCGGGAUAUUAGUACUUUUCGAUGGCAUUGGUGAAUCUUUAGGUAGUCUACUGGGUGGAUUUUUAUUCGGUUCAUAUGGUGGAGUGUGGUCGUUUCGAUUUUUCGCCUACAGUUCUGCUAUGUUGUGCUUUUUAAACAUACUAAGCAACCGUUUUGGAUUGACUAAAGAUUUGAAAAAUUAUGAUUUUGUCGCAGUGCCUAUGACAGAAAAUAACCAGAAAAAUGAUGACGUUGAUAUCGAAAUCUAAUUUAUUGAUUUCUUUAUUUUUUUAUUUUUUAUAAAAUUGUAAAAAAAAAAAAUGGAAUUUUACUAUACAGAAAAAUUCUAAAAUAACGAAUAAUGUUUUAUAUAAUAGUAUAUAUUAGCUACUUUAAAAAAUAUUUAAAUAAUUCAUUCGAACCGCGAACGUAUAGUAUAGCCUAUUUGGCCUACAUCACGUCUUUGUCGCACAAACUUCAACGACUAAGGGACCACCAAACAAUAUUGAAAAUUGACUGUUGCUAAUAAAUUGCAGAUUUUCUAUUAUUACAUACAAUUGUUUUUGAAUAAUUCUGAGCGGAUUGAUGAAUACCUAUAUUGAUUUUACAAUGACGUGUGUUUUUUUUUUGUAUGUAAUUCGAAAUAAAGCUCCGAUUUUUAACCAGCGUAACACUAAAAAAAGUAGACUGUCCACUGUCUAAGAAAUUAAAAAUCAAGCUUAAGCUAAUUGAUAAACUAAUAAAGAAUUAUUAUUUCAUUUUCAUUAAAAUGGCGGAAAAGUGGGUACCUACUUUUUUAAAUAAUCUAAUAUUUAACCCGCUGAAUAUCAAAUAUCGUGAAAAAGAACGUUAGGUUAGGUUAAAAAAUAGAUUGAGAAACUUUAUGACUAACGAUGAUCUAGAAUCAAUGAUGUUUAAAUAUUAUAUAGAAAAAUCAAUUUUGAUGGAAAUAGACAAUGAUAUAAUAAUAAAUGAACUGGAAUGUACCUAUACUUGAAGUAAUAUUUUAAGUAAUUUGUUAUUGUAACUAUUUUCAUAAUUAUUAUUUGUUAAACGCUUAUUAUGUUAACUGUUUCUUUAGGAUAAGUUUUAACAGGGCCGGAUUGGGUAGUCUCGGCACUUUGAGAAAUAUUUUUCAACCGGUCCAUAAUUUUCUAUAGUGGCGCAUAUUGCCCAAAUUUUAAUAUUAAUAAAUAUGUACGUAUUUAACUCUUUUUACUCAUAUAAUAUUAUGUUUUAUUAUUUAUGCAUAUUGCGUACACACAUUUUAAGUCACUACCUCCUUACAUAUUAUGUGUGUACACACAUGUAAAUACAUAUAAACGUAAUAUAUUAUAAUAUAAGGAUUUAAUUAUAUAAUUAAUUAACUCGCCCUAAUUCAACACUUGUCAGAUAUUCGAUAAACGAAAUAAGAAAAAAUAGGUUUAAUAUUGAAUUACUUAUAAUUUGACACUAAUUAAGAAUACAAUUAAUAUAUCUGAGAUAUUUUAAAAAUUACAUUUAUUAUUGACACACAUUAAAUAUUAUAUGGCUCAUUACUAACUCAUUACAAAUAUUACGUUCAUUUUGUGUAUUUUAACUAAUUUUUGUUUAUUUUAAGCUUUUUUAAUACUUGUUGUAAAGGUUAUCCUAACUAGUACCUAUAGGCAAUUAGUAAUUGCCAAUUGACAAUACUAAUAACACCUACUCCAGUCCAUUGUUAUUGAAAAAGUAAUCUAAGAGUAAGUAAGAUAAGAUUACAUAUCGAACGAACCCAAAACUAUAUAGGUAUACAAUAGUAGCUUUAGUAGUAAAUACGAAAAAAUUUAAUGUUUUCCUUCAGAAAUAAAAAAGCUGGAGGCUUCUGGAGUCUUAUUAUCAGAAACUAUUAAUACAAUUAAACAAAUUGAAACUACAUUGUCCCUUGCUCCUAAUGUAAUCGGAGAAACAAUAUCAAACAAACUGAAUAAUGUUUUGAUGAAAAAUAAUGGGUCAAAGUUUUAAAAAAUAUAUCUGCUAUUCUGGACGGUGAAAAUGCAAGUAGAGAUGGUAUUCCGGAAGACCUAACUUUAAAUGAUA